UCUCUCUCCCCCUCUCUCUCCCUCUCUCUCCCUACCAUUAUAUUUCUGCGUGUCGUUCCUCGUGGUGUGUGCGUUCCCGAAGGCACCGCGAUCGGACCCUUCUUAGACACUGCGCUCGUGCAUCGGCGACGAGCGCGUCUCGGACAGCUAAGGACGCCGGGAAGCACAGGUGCAGGUGCGGGUGCGUGUGUUGCGCGUGUUGGUACAGUUGUACGCGACCCGGAGAGAGACGUGAGCUGGAUCGGGAAACGGGCACGCGAGCGGGGAGUCGGCGAAGGUGUUGCCUGUAACAGUUGUGUCGUGGCAGAAUGGACGGUAGCUCUGGCCCGCCGUCGGACGUGACGAUGGCGAUGGGGACCGAGAACGACGAGGGAUCGAAGGUGCGACGGGACGGCAAUGACUCCGGGAACCCGUCCGGCACAGCCACGGCGACUUAUUCCACAUCGCAACCGGAAUAUUGCGGCCAGGGCCUGAUAAGGGCCGGAUCCGCCUCACCUACACUCCCUACGACCUCCUCGCCUUCAUCGUCAUCGUUGUCCUCCUCCUCCUCUUCCUCUUCCUCCUCCACCUCCUCCGCCUCCUCCUGCUCCUCCUCCUCCUUGUCGUCGUCACCGCAGCAGCCGGGGUGUGGCUGCGCCGCCGCCACCGUCCUAGAGCCCGACGAAAUUACCAUCAGCAUCACGCCGACCACCGGUGGCCAGUUCGAUCUCACAGUGGACCGCACCGACACUAUCGAGAACCUCAAGAAAAUCAUCUCAAAGAGACUGAAGGUCGCGAAAGAGCGAAUUUGUUUACUACAUCGUGAAAGGCUGUUGUGCGAAGGGACUCUCGAGGAAAAUCGUUUGCAAGAUGGCAGUCGGCUGACGUUGCUGCCAAACGUGGAAACCGGCCUGUUGGCGCAACGACCGGAGCAGAGCGUGAUGCAAGCACUGGAGAGCCUGAACGAUUCCCAGGUGAACGACUUCCUGUCCGGGAAAGCACCUUUGAACCUGACGAUGCGACUCGGGGAUCACAUGAUGCUGAUACAGCUGCAGCUGUCGACGGUGACGCCAGCCUCGCCGACCAGCAAUCAGACGACCGGGAACAGUACCGGUCUGACCAUCGGCAGUUCAAACGGGACGAAUCCACCCUCCAGCCACGUCUCGACGUCGCUGCAAAGUAGACGGUCCACGGUUUUUGCCGGCCGAACGACAAACGCCGGCUCGACGAAGAGCGCCGCCGCUGUCGCGGCGCGACGAUCCUCUCUGUUCGACCGUCUGGCGUCGACGGUGCAGCGGGUGUUCAGCCGCAGCACAAGCUUGUCGACUGCCACCACGACCACCAGUCCCGUUUGCUCGAGCCGCGCGACCACUGCCUCCUCGGUUUCUUCCUCCUCGUCCUCUUACUCGGGUCACGGCUGCCCGGACACGAUUCCCUACGAGGUCACGCCGCCUAGGAAAAAACUCUGCACCGUUCACCACCACAGCCAACAGUCGACGAAUCCCAUCGCCAACUCCUCGUCCAGGAGUAGCGCCUCGGCGGACGCCGGCGACUCUAAUUCGCAGAGCCCGACUUCCUCCAUGCUGGAGCAGAACUCGAAGGCCGCGACCCUCGACACCAGGGCGCUUGCCGAAGCAUCUCGUAAUUUGACGCAGAAAUUGAAGCAGCUCUCCUCUGAGGAGAACGCGAGACGCAGGCAAGGCGCGAUAAUAGAAAGUAUGCAUCACCACGGAAAGGGUGUAUACUCUGGCACGUUCAGCGGAACCUUGAACCCGGCACUGCAAGACAGGCACGGCCGGCCGAAACGGGCCAUAAGCACCAUCAUCCACAUUCUCAAUGAUCUGCUGUGCGCCACGCCAGCCGCCACCACGGGCCAUUACAGGCAUCACCACAGGCAUUCUAAUGGCCGCCAACUGUCCUCGGCGUUUCCGUCCUCCGCUGGAACAACAACCACCGUGAACGGCUCCUCCACGCCUACCGGGUGUCACGAGACGUCCACAUCCGAAUAUCCCACCGAGGAACUGUCGAAGGAGAACGAAGCAACGAAAGGGAAGAUGAGGCGUCUGCGCUUAGUGAUGGAGCAACGGCGCGCCAAGAGGAAAGCCAGACGCCAGGCAAGAGCAGCGCCGUACACGACUCAAUGGGCAGCGGUGACGCCCGAUCCAGACCCGAACCACGACCCGAAAACGUCGAGUGCAGCGACCGCGAACCCGACGGAACCGCAGAACGAGCCGGAACUGCAGCCGUGCAGCCCGGAGCCGGUCGUAGCUUGAACGGGGAGUCGCUGCGGGCGGCAACUUUUUUUUUUCUUCCGUCGUGAAUGCAAUACCUUUGUUUACUUGUUCUUCUUUUUGUUGAUUAAUCGCACCGAUUCGUUUAACCGAUGGCAGACUAGAUCGCUCUCGCGCCUGCUCCAAUGGCAAACGACAAGCAGCGUGUGCCUCGAAAGUCGAGGUCUGUUCCAUUUGUUAAUAUAUCGCGUGCCGCGCGCGUACAACCAGCUUCUCUCUCCGUGGGAAAUACACAGUUACGCGCGAUUCGCGGCUUGAGAAUUUUUCUGUAGAUUAUAAUUGUCUCGUCCAUAUACGGUGCGGUAUAUAUUUCAACUAAUCGUUUAAACUGUAUUUUCAAUUUCGAAUAGCACAGUCGAUUACGAGAUCUACUCUCUCGAGGAGACGCGUUGAGAUUUUUACCGUUGGAAUUCCUCCGUUUCAGGGGCUGCUGGCUGUACGCGCGCCGCUCGGUACUUUGUUACAAUCGUUUUAUAUAUUCGGAUUCUAUGCGGUGCAAAAGCGAAAACCGGGGGGGAAAUGUGUGACACAGGAACGUGUUCGAGAGCGGGAAUUCGUCGAUUUUUUCGAAGCGUUGCCGUGUUCCUUUCGUUACGGAGACUAACGGCCGGGGAAAGUAUCUUAUGUAGAGAGACGAUACGGUUAAGAGAAUCUAAUGCUGUACGUCACGCGAUACUGUAUAUUAUCAUUGACUCUCGAGACUGUUCGAAACAGUUCUCUGACUGCGAACACACACACACACGAGAUACGCAGAAAAAUUCUCCCGCAGUAUUGCCUGACGAUUAUGAUACACGUACCUUGAAGUGCCCGCGCGAACACGCCCGGGCAUGUUAGUUUGUAUAGUCCAAUAACGGCACUUCGAGACUCUCACGGAACCGACGAAAAUUAGCAAUAUUAAGACGCGAACGGGGGAAAAACUGCGUGCGCCGUGUGCGUCUGUUAAGCACACACACACACACACACACACACACACACACACGGUACAUUAUAAAAAAAUGAUAAUAUUACCGGUACCGAGGGAUUUUCGCUCGAACCGAUAUCACCGUUCGUGAUCACUAUUUUACGGGGCGCGCGGAGUCGUUGUAUAAAGGUGAUUGAACUCUGUUCGACUAUACUCAGGACUUGAUCGUAGCUGACAAUAAUUGCGAGUCUACAGCACGCGCCACGUAUACCCUAAACACAAUCGUGGAACGAACGGCGAAACGAUAGCGGAAAUUCUGAUUGAUCUCUCUCGCCUUACGGUUCCUUUCGUUGGACCUCGGACGGUGGUCUCUUCGUUGUUGACGAUUCGUUGUUAGAAGAAUAAAAUAAGGUUAGACGAUUAUUUAAACGUUUUCGAAUGUUCGAACGCGAGUACACGCGCGUGAACCGUUUCAUUUGUGAUGACGUUUAUGUGAU